CGCGCCCAGUUGGUUGCUGCUGCUGCCGCCGCUGCUUGCACUGAGGCGCGGCUACCUAGUUCGGGGCGGGCGGCGACGGCGCGGCUGGUGCUCGGGGCUGCGCAGGCGGAGCUGGGGGGCUCCGGCCGCGACGACGGCUCCGGCCAUGGACGAGCAAGCGGGGCCCGGCGUCUUCUUCAGCAACAACAACAACAACAACGCCGCCGCACUGUUGCUGCCGCCGCCUGCGGGCGGGGCCGGGCCGGGGCUGGAGCCGGGGGAGGCUGCGGCUGCCGCGGCUGCAGCUGCCGCGGCGGCGGCCGGGGGCUCCUCGGCCGCGCCGGCGCCGGCCUCUGCGGCGCGGGCUCAGUACAGCGUGCCCGGCAUCCUGCAUUUCCUGCAGCACGAGUGGGGCCGCUUCGAGGCCGAGAGAGCCGAGUGGGAGGCGGAGCGGGCGGAGUUGCAGGCCCAAAUUGCCUUUCUUCAAGGGGAAAGAAAAGGGCAAGAGAAUUUGAAGAAGGAUCUAGUGCGAAGAAUAAAAAUGUUGGAAUAUGCUCUUAAACAAGAAAGAGCUAAAUACCACAAGUUAAAAUAUGGCACAGAAUUAAAUCAGGGGGACAUGAAGCCUCCCAACUAUGAUUCUGAUGAAGGGAAUGAAACUGAAGUCCAUUCACAGCCAAAUAGCCAGCUGAUAUGGAAACAGGGACGCCAGUUGCUCAGGCAAUAUCUGCAGGAGGUGGGAUAUACUGACACAAUACUAGAUGUGAAAUCAAAACGGGUACGAACUUUGCUGGGCCUCUCAGGUGAUGGUCCAGCUGGGGAAAAUGACAGAAACCAAGGAUCAGUGGUGAAUGGCACAGAAGCUGAGAUUAAAGAAAAAGUGAUGAUUGGGAAACCGGAUUUGACUGACUCUGCCUCACUGCUAGAGACUUUUAAAUUCCUUGAAAAUGCUGCUGCUGAAUUCAGUGAUGAAGAUGAUGAUGAUGAUAUUGAUGGAAGAGAGAGCGCAAUCAUGGAUACUUCAACGAUUGUCAGGAAAAGGGUGCUGUCUGAUAGCAGUGAAGACAGAGAUACCGAAGAAGCCUUGAAGGAGUUUGAUUUCUUGGCUACCUCUGAUGAAGGAGAUGCAGAAUCCAGAAGUUCAGGAGAUGGUACUGACUGGGAAAAGGAAGACCAGUGUCUCAUGCCUGAAGCCUGGAAUGUGGACCAGGGAGUAAUAACCAAACUGAAGGAACAAUACAAAAAGGAGCGCAAGGGGAAAAAGGGGGUGAAGAGAAAAACUACCGAAGAUAUGUUUCAGCCUCAGUCCUAUAUAAAACAAUCAAAACAGGGAUGUGGGAAAAUGAUGGAGCAAAAUGCGGGGCCCAACAGGUCAAAACUGCAAGAUAUGCUUGCUAAUUUGAGAGAUGUUGAUGAUCUGCCCUCAUUACAACCAUCAGUUGUACCACCCACUAGACCAAGUACUUCACGACUUAUUGAACAUGAGAUCAACAGAACAGAUGAAGUGGAAGCUUUAACAUUCCCUCCUUCAUCUGGAAAAUCUUUCAUUAUGGGAGCAGAUGAGGCUCUUGAAAGUGAACUUGGUCUUGGAGAAUUGGCAGGUCUUACAGUAGCUAAUGAGGCAGAUUCACUGACAUACGAUAUCGCAAAUAAUAAAGAUGCAUUGAGGAAGACUUGGAACCCCAAGUUUACCUUAAGAAGCCAUUUUGAUGGAGUAAGAGGUCUAGCUUUCCAUCCUAUUGAACCAGUGUUAAUUACAGCAUCAGAGGACCACACAUUAAAAAUGUGGAAUCUACAAAAAACUUCUCCAGCAAAAAAGAGUGCUUCCCUUGAUGUUGAACCUAUAUACACUUUCAGAGCACACAAUAGUCCAGUGCUGUGUGUCGUAAUGAGUAGCAAUGGGGAACAGUGUUAUAGUGGCGGAACAGAUGGUGUAAUCCAAGGUUGGAAUACUACGAACCCAAAUGUUGAUCCUUAUGAUUCUUAUGAUCCCUCUGUCUUAAGAGGUGCAUUUGUAGGCCACACAGAUGCAGUGUGGGGCUUGGUUUACAGUGGAACACACCAGCGUUUGCUCUCCUGUUCAGCAGAUGGCACUAUACGGUUAUGGAAAGCUUUGGAGAUCUCUCCAGCACUGAAUAUAUUUAAUGAUAAUCAAGAGAUGGGAAUUCCAUUUUCUGUGGACCUUGUAAGCAGUGACCCAAGCCACAUGGUAGCAUCGUUUAACAGUGGGAAUACAAGCAUUUUUAACAUGGAAACAAGACAACGGAUUCUCACCUUGGAAUCCAGCAUAGAUUCUACUGCUAGCUCUUCUUGCCAAAUAAACAAAGUAAUCAGCCAUCCUACUCUUCCAAUUAGUAUCACUGCCCAUGAAGACAGACACAUCAAAUUCUAUGACAAUAACACAGGAAAACUGAUCCAUUCCAUGGUAGCACACUUGGAUGCAGUCACAAGUUUAGCUGUUGACCCAAAUGGCUUGUACUUGAUGUCUGGCAGCCACGACUGUUCAAUACGCUUAUGGAACCUUGAAAGCAAGACUUGUAUUCAAGAGUUUACAGCUCAUCGCAAAAAAUAUGAUGAAUCUAUUCAUGAUGUGGCAUUUCACCCCUCCAAAUGUUAUAUUGCCAGUGGAGGAGCUGAUGCACUUGCUAAAGUCUUUGUAUGACGCAAUGCUUCCCUUCCCUUCUAGCUGCCGUGUAUAUAAGAGAAGCUGUACAAAAGACAAGGGCAACAGUCUUGCCCUUUAAUUCUAGUGAAUGUUAGUAAUGGUCUAGUUUUUUGUUUUGUUUUGCAAGGUGCUCUUUUCUAAAUUAAAGGGUAGCUAUAUGAGCUCAGCUGGGAAACUGUUUCAAACAGGGCAGAGAAGAACCAUUUUUUAAGUUUUGGCAAUGUCAGUUUGUCCAGGCAGGCCUGCGGCAAAAGGAGACCCUUCCCCACCAUAAUUUUUGUUAACGAUAUCAGCAGUGCAGAGUUGUUGACAAGGAAGCAGAUAGCUUCUCUGCCUGUUCCUCAAUUAAAGAGUUUCAUUCACAUGCUUCAGUUAAAUAAUGUUGAACUUUGGGGAUUCAUAUGACUCCUGGAUCCACCAGGUUAAUAUCAUCCCAACUUCUCCUUUUUUGGUACCUCCUGCUGGAUGAUGUACAUAAAAUAAUACUUGAUUUAACUUUAGCCUGCUGGCUGUUAUGAUAGGUGGAUUGGAUUUAAGAUGUUAAAUAUUUAAAAAUAUUAAUGUGGUAAUUUGUUUCCCUAAGUGUAUUGUAUUAAAAGCAGAUAUCUAAAAGGCAGAAAAUGUAUGUUUUAUUUAAGCCUUUAAAAUAAUAUAUUAAAAAGUGGCUGGGACCAUAGUUUAACCUUUAAUCCACUUUCACGUGAUACCCCCAAAGCAUACAUUGUUUACAAGGAAUGUAACUUAUUUCAGAUGUUGAUAAUUUGAAAACUUCUCCCCUCAUCAGCUACCGGAUAUCUGCAAGGUGUAAAAGGCCUUGCUCCUGAAAAGCAUGCUAGCUGCAACUAAACACAUUUAUUGUGUCUGGAAUGAAGCAUCACUGUCGUGUGAUCUCAGCAAUCCAUUCCUUAUUGCCCCUAAGUCUAGACUGCUUCUCUCACACUGUUACUAUGAAGGAGUACUUAUGUGAAUUAGCUAUGUGGGUAGGAUUUCCCUUCUUGAUCAGCGUCUUCCCUGUGGAUUGCUGAUGGAGUGGGAAAAAUGUUCCACUCCAGCUAGUUGGCCCAUAUGGUUCCUCCUGUCACACUGCACAGCAGCCUAUACUAUACCCUCAGAAGCAACUAUAUGUGCCACUAUGAAUGGGAGAGGGAAGGGAGAGUCAGUUACUUUCCAUCUGGUAUGGAAACUGCUGCAGAGUAGUGGAAUACUGGAAAGUUAAAAACAAAAUUUAAACCUGUGCAACUUCUUAUAUCCCUGAGAUAUUUUGAUUUAGUUGUGUUGUUUGUCAUUAACUGUGUGAGAUUAUGGCAGUCUAGUUAAAAGCGAUCACAAGUAGGAAAGGUAGUCUGUACCAUGACCUCAUUCAGGGGACUUUCUGGGUUAUGAAUAGGUAGCCACUUCUUAGAAGUAAUUUGAAUCUCUUGAAGAUUUACUGCUCUCGUGGAAGGGUUUAGAUACGAACAGAUAUCUAACUGGACAUCAACUGGAAAUGAAAAAUUCAGAUUUAAACAUUUGGUGUUCUGUUGUGGAGCGUAAAAUAAUUGUUUCCUUUUGGUUUGAAGGUGUCGCAUGCUGCAUUCAAAACACAAAAAUAUGUGAAGAAACUGUUAAUAGGUAUUUCCUCUCUAUACUGCUGUGUAGUAUGUGCCCUUAAAUGAAAAUAAAACUUUUAGAUGUAAAAUUACAAUUGUAACUUAAAACAUUUAGGCAUCAUCUUACCACAUAUUUUGAAUUAAAGUGGAAAGUUGAAAUGCAUAAAUAUGCAUUUAUCUGUAUGUAUGACCUCUUAUGUACAUGCCCCAGUCUUCUUGAUGUCCUUUAUUUUUUUAAGGGUAUUACAAAGAUUUGUUUAGAAAAGAAAUACAUGAAAUUGUGUAUAUUAUGUGUUUGUACAGAUAUAUAUAUAUAGAGAGAGAUUAUAUAUAGAGAGAUAUAGAUUGUAAACAGUAUGUAUUAAAUACAUUUAAGGGAAUAUUCUAUUGGUAAUUUUGCUGUUUUAGUAUAAACGUUCUUCAGGCUUUGUGAGUACAAAGGAUAAAAUGUACGAGUAUUGUGCUCUUUGAUUAAUCAAUAUAAUAUACAGUUGCUGAUGCUUAAACUGCUGUACAUAGAAGUCAGCAUGCUUGUUUUUAAAACUCUCAUUCUCAUUUAAAAGUUACGAAUGUAGAUGGAAAUCGGUUUCAUUCUUCUUAGUAAGUUCUUGCUCCAAAUGAAGUGAUUAACAAAAGAGGCAAAUAGCUAGAGGCUGAGGUGCUUUUUGGAAAACAAGAAAUAGCCUUACCAUGUGGUUGUGUACUCUUUAGACCCUAUGUCAGUAUCCUGCUUGCAUUCUGCAGAUGGCCUCGUACUGUGCACAACAGUAAUAAAAGUUCUCUGAGAUCCCUUUAUCAAAUAGAGAUGAAGAAGACUUCACCUUAUCCUUUGCUUUCCUGGCAGAAUUGAGUUUCAUCUCUUUUUGCAAUUACCAGCCCUUGGGCCAGACUGCCGAAUCUUCAGCUCCCCCUUUUUUGUUCCUUUUCACUGUCACUCAGUUAUAGCUGAACUAGUGAACUGCCUUCAUUGAAAAGUAUUGUAGUUAAGGUGAUGUCAGAUUAUAUACAGAACUUGCCUGUGAGAUGUUGAUCUGUGAGGGGUGUGACCACAUGCCUGUUGUCUCUUGGGACUUUGAUCGCUGAAUGGUAAAUUCAGGAGCUUAGAUUUUGAAGGAACUUGUGGAUCCAUUGGGUUGGAUCCAGAUUAAACUGUCCAUUACCUCAGACUCCCUUAUGUCAUCCCCAGGGUCCUCUGUCCUCUAGGAGCAUCAUUUUGUGCAGAUGGGGCUGGGCAAGAAAGUUCCAUUCUGCUACUGGAUAAUUUAGCCUGGAUCCAGCCUAUUGUUAAGCAUACAAGUUUGCACAAGAAUAGCAGAGAUAUUAUCUUCUUUCUGUUUUCUCUGAAUCUCUGUAAAUGAAGUGCCAAAUAAUAUUCCCCUCAGAGAAAUGAAAUACAAGAUUAGUAAUUUUGCUAUUUGGCCUAUCACGUUUGCAAGACAGUUAUAGCUCUGAGCACUUUUGCAAAGAAGAAUGUAUUCAUUUGCCACAUCAACAGGCUAUAUAAGGGUUAUGUCAGUCCCCAUUAGUUUAAAUUGGCAGACCAGGGGAUUAGCAGGGUCAGCAUUAGUGGUGCACCCAAACGGCAGAUUGCCCAAUGAUGGUUCCUCAUCUGAUUCCUCUUAUAUAGUAUUGCAUGGAAUCCAUAGAAAAUAUUGGACCAUUUGCAUGUGACACAGUGGAAAGUGCUUUUGAGACCACCUUGCAUUGCAUAUGAACAUAAAUGUAGAAUAGAAUGUGGAACAAAUGUAAAUGCCAGGCAAAACAGAUUUCAAAUGCAAGUUACACAGCAGUUUAAGUCAAAUGAAGUUCCACCUGUGAAAACAGAUCCUUGCCCACUGUUUUGAUCUUUCCUAUAUUUUCAAUGAAAAGUCUCACUGGACUGAAACAUGGUGAAAGCCUCAAGAGCUUUUCAACACAUUCAGUAUAUGGUAUAAUUCUGCUGAGAACAUACCACUUUGAAUAUAGUGGGGUAGUAAAUGUUUCAUCAAAUUGGUCGAUUCCCCAUGGUCAAUUAAUCGCGUGGUACUCACGCAAAAUAUCAAGGUUUCAACAAGAACUCCCUACUGCUUAACUGCCGAACACAGAUUCAUCCUGGUUCUGGCGCUCCCUCUCCCCCUUAUCAUGUGUUUUUUAAGAAUCUGCAUGGACGUGCACCUUUUUAAAAAAUGUGCUGAAGCCAGAUCAGUGAGGAGGAUCAGAAUCUAGGUUUACUUUCCCGACGUAGGGAGUGACGUGGAGCCUUCAGAGCCAAUCAGAGCACAGUAGGCUAUGUGCGAUGCAAGCGCAGCCGUUUUAAAAAAAUUUGCGCCAGUGGUGGCUUCGUUGAAAUGUGGCUGCGUGGAACGUGAUUUCUGUGCCAACUGUAAACUAAAAUUAGACUUUCGUGCCAGCGCAGCUGCAUGGGUAAAGAGUGCCGAAAAAGUCGAAGCCACACAUAAACGUAGCUUCUAUCUACGCAUGUGCAUGGUGAUGUAGCUGCACACAAAAAAAAGUUUUUUAAAAAUUCCCGCCCCGACACAGCACAACAGUCAAUCAGGAGAGCCGCUGAGCAGAUAGACAUCGCUUGAAACAGCGAUAGACAUCGAGGUCUUCACUAAACAUACGCUGCAGUGGGGACAGAGAAACCGCGAUGAAAAGGUGCUGUUCCUUUUGAAACCUGGUUGUAUCCGGCUUUAAUUUCUCAGUGGGGAAAUGGCCAUUGUUUCCUUAUAUUAAAACUUUCUACAGAGAAAAAGCAAGGAGAAGCGGCCUGAAGCUUCUACCUUGUCAGGGUGGCUUUCUAUCAUGUGGAAGUUAGUAAUGUAUUCAAACAUCAAUUGGCUCAUCUGUGUUCUGAAAGUGGCUAUAAGUCAGUGGUAAAGUAUAUGCUUUGCAUGUGUAAACUCCCAGAAUUAGCUCUCAGUUCAAGAAUUUCAUGUAUCAGAUGGGAACUUGUCAGGUAGAGCCGAAAGUCUGGUUUUAGUAUACAGUAGCUCUGCAUGAAGUUGAACAAGAGUUGGAAUACUAUGCCAUGUGCCUUUGUUUCAUGUAGCCUCACCCUGAGAUCUUGAACCAAAGCAAAAUUACCUGCAUACAAUUUCUAGGUCAUCUCAGCCCUCAUAUUGAACUCCCAGUAUGGAUUUUUUGUACUCAUUGCUAAAUUUUAUUUUAUUUUUUUAAAAUGGAUUUGUCUAGUUCAAACAAUUUUCUAACCAGCACAAAAUGGAAAUAAUUCUGUCUUUUGUAAAAAAAACUUAUCCAGCUUGCAUUUUAUUUUUCCUGUUUGUUAACAAAACUAUUAAACACGUGAUAACCCUUUGGCUUUGGAGGUCUCAUGGCUAUUUCUGGUUCUCUCCACCAGAUUAGAAAAUUUUCAUUGGUUUCAUAAAUACUUCAGACUUUAACAGGAAUCCGUUUUUAAAAAAAUAACAGGUCAGUUUUCUUAGCCAAUGAUGAAUCUGAAGAAUGUAGAACUGCUGUGAAUUAGAUUCGCUUGGUUAAAGUUAUUUAUUGGACUCUAUAAAAGAGGCAGUUGAAAAACCAGUUUUCUGCUCCACGGUUAUUGCAAAUCAGCUUUGAGUUUUUGUAAUUAAUUUGGCUAGAUGUACUUAUAGUGGAUGAGCAGAUUUAAAGGCAUGCUGUGGUGUGACAGAAUAAUUCCCCCCCCCCUUUCUGUGAUUCAAGUGAUAGAGGUCCAUUAGGCUUUAGUAUUUCAAAAUUGUGCUUAGAUCUUAAAAAUAGAAGAUCUUAAAUCCUGCCUUUUCACAUGUAGUUACUCAUUUUGAAAACAGGGAUCCUUACAUGGAUUGCUCCAAGUCUGGCAAAGUAUAUGUAUGCCCUGACACCAAUGUAUUAAGCAUAGAAGGACUGCACAGUUGAGUUUGUUGGAACUCCUUAAUGAAAGGGAAAUAACUUCUUUCCAAGUCAAAUGUAGGCUCAUUGCCUACAUGGAGAAUUUAAUAAACAGCAACCAAAGACAUUGUAUAAAGACUACUGGUCAGACUUUCAAGGAUUUUAUUUUUGUUAUAGGAGUUAAUGUUUUGAAUGUGAUUGGAUUUCUGACUGAGUGCCUUCCAAAAUAUUUCCAGUCAUACUCAGGUGUUUAUGAUAAACAAAGGCUUCAGUGCCAUUGCAUCUGUACCAUUCUACAACAGGACAGUUUUGAAAUCAGACAAAUAAUAAUAAUAAGUAAAGUCUUGUAACUGAGUAGUCCAAAUUAACUGAAAGGAUCUCUUGUGCUACGGUCCGUGGUCUUCUGAAGCUCUGCAUCUGAGCAAACUGAAAAGAGCAUAGAAUAACUACCAUACUUCACAGUAAUAUAUGCUAGUUGGUAGUAGAAAUAGGAAUUAAAGGGAGUUGCAUCAAUUAUUUUAUUUUGACUAUCAGUCUUUGUAAUUUUUAUAAGACCGCAUAGUCUUGUUGACUAAUGGGGAAGCCACAAGGAAUGGCUUAGAAAGUCCAACUCUGGCUGUUUCUGCAUGAUCCAAAUAUCCCAGGUUGAACAAGGAAAAUAUCCUGGUUUGGCCAAGAAGUUUGCAUGGUUCCUGAUCCUAAAUCUGCAAUAUUUCCCUCAUCCUGGGUUUUUCAAAAAAACGCUAAAAUCAUGAUUUCCCCCCAAAAACCCACGUUGUAUCCGCUUCCAUGAGAACCCCACAAGAGCAAAACUGAUUUAUUUUUCUUAUCCCAUCGCUUGAUCUCCCUGCCUUGCAUCAUAUCAGUUUCAUUUCUGCUAAAUUGCAGCCUGCCCUUUCCGAAAUGUUCCCCAAACAAGUUUUCUGACAGGUCUUCCAGGAGCCAGGCAAGUGAGCCCAUGUGGGAAGGCAUGAGCGCUUGCCCUGUUCUUACUUGCUCUUGCCAAGUGCUGCUCGCUAGCCGAGCCACAGCCUAGAGAGCCCAACCUUACAACUCUGGGCUCAUGUUCCCAAUGGGGUCCUGGGAGGGGCGGGGAAGUGCCUGCCUGGCAGGAUGCUCUCACCCCAUGACUGCCCCAAAGACCAGUCAGAUGUUAUUUGGUAUAUCAUUGGGGGUAGAGAAUGAGUGUCUCAUGCUGUGAUUUCUUGCACACCAUUAAAUUUGCAUGGGACAUAGUGCUCUGCCCAGUAUUGGUCAAAAGUUUUUACUUCGUAUAGAACAAUGUGCUUUCUGUGUUGCUCACUGCCCCAACUCCUUUCCAAAGCUACAGAAAAGAUGUAUGUGUGUCCUGCUUGGUUUUCCUGCGGUUGCUGUGGAACCACCAAUCAGAAGUGUUGCCUUUGGGGGUGGGGGAGCCAAUCAAAUGCACGUUGGAGCAUGCAUGGCUGCAUAUGCAUUGUAAAAACAAAAAAAGCCGGGCUCAUGUGUAUUUCCUCUCAGUCUUAACUCGAUUCCACAGAAAUGGGCAUUCAUGUGGGAUAAAAUAGACCUGGAUUUGUAUUAUUAUGUUGUACGGAAUUGACCUGCAUUGUAUUUGGAGUAGAAACUUUGUCACCCCUCACAGAUACUUCAAUAUCUUGCUUAGCUGAUGUGUUUUUCACAAGUUAGUUAGGCGUUUCCUAUGUGCUGGCAGCGAUUUCUUGUCAUAUGCUUCUAUUUAAACAUUUAUAAACAACCUAGGGUUGUUGUUUUUUUGAAGUGUGUUGUCAGCCCUGUGGGGAGAGGUUUGGAGUUAAGCAACUAGUUUUAUGUUUACCACUUGUAUUUUGAAACCCUGUUUGCAUUCUAAAAGAAUACAGACACAGUUGAACUGAAGUUGAAGCCACUUCAAAAGUGGAUAUUGGCAUGUACACAUAAACCAAAUUGAAGUGAUGUAUAUACAUCUAAACAAUGUAUUCAGAACUGAUUCCUUAUGGUUACAUCUAAAAUAAGAGAUUCUUGUGGCACUUUACAGACUAAUUUUAUUGUGGGCAUAAGUUUUUGUGAACCAAAGCCCCUUUGUCAGAUGCAUCCAGAGUCGCAUGACUGUUGUAAUUGUAACACGGUACACUAGUCUUUUGAAGCUUUCAUUAUGUGGGAAAUAGCAGUUAUUGGGAAGAAUGUUUGUGCAUGCUACUAUUUCUGAUAGAAUCAGGCUAUGAAGUGUUACUAUAGACUGGGUUAAUUUAAGGCUAAGGUGAGAUGUGUCCUGGUCAUUCUAUGAUGCAUGAAUGGGUAUGUGCACCACAGCACAUGUUUUGUCCUCUAGUUGGUUUUCUAGAAAAGAUAAAGAAAAGAUAUCUGCACGAGUCCAGAUGUCCUAUGCUGGUGUUUUUCUGAUGGGUAUCAAUUUUCAUAUAAUAUACUGGUCAGCUGGGAGAAUGAGCGUGAGUGGAAAUAACCUUUAUAAUAAUGUCAGCCUUUUAUGUUUAGGGACAGGACCUGUAGAACUUUCAGAAUUACAACUGAAUUAUAACUGUACCCCUGGAGAAAAUGAUUGCUUUGGAGUUAGACUCUAAACCCUUGCUGAGCUUCUUCCCUCCCCAAAUCCUGACCGCCUCAGACUUUACCACAGUAGGAAUUUCUCUACCUGGAACUGGCAACCUUAGGCAUGGCCCAAGUGAGUCCCUCCUAGAAUUGGGCCUGGAAAGAGUCCUGGCUUUACUAACAGAAAUUGAAGCCUGGAAUGCUAUGGUUGCCUAGCAACUUCCACUGAGGAAUCUGUUGCUUAAAGCUGCAGGCACCCUUUUUAUCAUGUUUAGGUUGUUAAACCUUCCCCCCCCCCCCCUAUACUAUUUUAGAUUUCACUUCUUCUUUUUUGCAAACCUGACACUCUUUUCAGGCUUAUUGAAAGAUCUGUCUUGUCCGUUCACAGCUCCACUCACCUGAUUUAAGUAUCUAAAGGUCUGGCCAACUUUGCUGUUAGAAUAUGUGAUGAUUAAUGCAGUCAGUCUUUGUUUCAUUUCUAUAACAGUUCAUAAAAGUUUUCCAGAGGCGUCAUGUGAUAUAUUGGUUUGAGGGCAAUAAAUAGUGUGGAUGUUUCCAUCAUAUUAGCAUUAAUAAAGCUGUGACUUACAUCUGAAGAUUGACUUCCACUUGAGGUUUAUUUAGUAGAAGAGAGUCAUAGGAUCCCAUCCCAAUCUAUGAUGUGUUUAGAAGUAGUUUACCACAAAGAUUCUUCAUCCCAUAAUUUUACUGAACUAAUAGUUGAGCUGCUACUAUUAAUCCAACACUUAAUCUUCAAGCAUUUAGCAUCAGAUUAAUAUUUAAAGCCUGUAUAUUUGAAGAAUUGAAAAUGGCUUCUCAUCUUUCUCAAACUUGGUAGGAUUCAACUGAAAAAAUACCCACAAAGGAAUGUGUGUGAUCUUUUUUAAAUCUCUGAAACAAGCCACUUUGAAAAGCAACCCACAGCAAAAUUAUUUGUGAAAUAUCUUGAAUAAACUUGUUUGCUUCCUUGAUAACAUGAAUAAAAUGUUCUUAUGUAUACACAGAUAAUCUUAUUAUACAUGAGGAAAUGCCAAGGUAGUAAUGAAGGCAGUUAUACUGGACAGCUGCAAUGCAGAAUGGGAUUUCUAUGUACAAUUCCUGCAUUUUGUGUUGAGUAAAAUCAAAUGGACCUUCCUGAAGUAACACUAUACAGAGCAGCUUUACUAAAUAUUACAGGAGCAAAUAAAUGUCCUUUGUACUAUGUAUUUAUGUAAAUUGGGUUCUAAUAAAUACUAUUUUUCAACA